AUGUAUAAUAAUAAAUUAAUUAAAAGCUUAAAACAAAAAUUUUGCUGUGGUUUCAGGUUCAGGUAUAACAAAGGAAGCAUAAUGAGGAGUUACAGAUGCGCUAUUGUCUUGUUUUUCAUCCUGGGGGCUGCACUUGCUGCAGAAAGUUACCUGGAUUACGGAGAAGAAAAUGCCGACCGCAAUAUCGAAAAUCUGAGGGAAUUCUACAGGUACUUGUUGCGACGUAAUUCUCUGGAAGGGUUGAGAUCAUCAAUGUCUCUUGAUUCACCGUACGAACAUCUGAUGAUACGAAAAUCUCAGCGUUCACCAUCCCUGCGUCUUCGGUUUGGCCGUUCUGAUCCAAUGAUGCCCAAGGGAAAUCUAUUAACGAGAUCGGCAUCAAACCCAGCAUCUUUUGAGGACAAUUGAGACUACUGGCUACAUUGCGUAUUAUAUAUGAAAUAAUUUUCAU